CAGACCACGCCAGCAGGUGGUGGUGGUGGCAGACCACAAAAGCACCUGGUAGUUGUGGUAGCAGAGAGGAGCAUCAUAAGUGUCUACAGCCUGAGGGAGCAGAAGCACUGAGCCAGCACCACUAGCGCCACUGAUCGUCUUGUUACAUGAUGAACUGGCGGGGAGGAAUGCGAAGGAAAGGAACCUGGCAUUGACGGCGAGGAGGGAGACUCUGUAACCUCCAGCCCCAGGCAUCGUCGGGACAGCGGGAGUGUGGCGUCGCGCGAGGGACUAUCCCCAAAGAUGUCACCACGACACUCUCCACGGGAAUCCCUCAACUCUUCCCCAGCACCAUUAGGGUCACCUAGGGCCACACCGCCUGCACUUCGCCCACUGACUUCGUCGCCUUCCUUCAUGCGAGUCUCCGACAACGAGGCUGAUAUUCUCGAUUUUUCCCUACGACGAUCACCAACCUAUGCCAGGGAAGACAAUCUCAGCAUAUCUGCCAGGUCGUCUCUAGCGGGGUCUCCCCCACCGGGUCUCCAUCGCCUCGGUGACUCUCCACUUGACUUGUCAGUGCCUCGCAAAAGGGCAGCGGAUGCACUGCUGGAAGCGGCACAGAACAAGAUGCACCAUGAUCUGGCCAAGGGGCUGGGUGCUUGGGGCAUCCCUCUCCCACCCCACCUUGCUAGUGCCAUGGCUCUCAGGCCCGACUUGGCAGCACUCAAGCCAGAGCUGCCACUCUGGAAUGGAAAGAUUAAGAGUGAGGGUAUUUCCACUAAGCUUCCAGCAUUCCCCAUGGGUGCAGUGCCACCCUCGCAGUCGGAAGGCUCAAGAGCUUUGGAACGAAUGAGCGAAUUGAGCAGGUUGGGCGGCGACAGCGGGUUGGAUCUCUUCAGGAGUGGACUUAGCGGCAGCUCCGGUCGGGCCACGGCUUGGCAGAGUCAUUGGCUUAGCAAGGGUCAGGACGCUACCAAGGACGUUCUUAAGUGUGUCUGGUGCAAAGCUUCAUUUAACACACUGGCGGAGCUCACGACUCACAUGAAAGAGGCCAAGCAUUGUGGGGUCAACCUGCCGCCACCAAUCCCACCUCCUUCAUCCAGCGCCACUUCAAUUCACACCCAUCUGCCGCCCCAGUACACGCCCAACAAGACGCCGACCUCAAAAGCGCCUUCUUCCUCUUCCUCGAUUGCGUCAGGUUCUUCAUCUUCGAGUGAUCUGAUGUCAAGUAUUAAGGAGACGAUGCCGUUGCCCAGGAAACUUGUGCGUGGUCAGGACGUGUGGCUAGGCAAAGGUGCCGAACAGACUCGUCAGAUCCUCAAGUGUAUGUGGUGUGGUCAGAGCUUCAAGUCUUUGGCCGAAAUGACCCAGCAUAUGCAGCAGACACAACACUAUACGAAUAUAAUCUCUCAGGAGCAGAUUAUCUCAUGGAAAUCCCCCGAAGAAAAAUCUAGUAGCCAGAGCCACGUGAAUGCCGUUCUUACCUGUAAAGUGUGUGACCAAGCAUUUGCUUCGCUCAAAGAACUCAGUAAUCACAUGGUAAAGAACGCGCACUACAAGGAGCAUAUCAUGAGAUCCAUUACGGAAUCAGGAGCACGGCGAAGGCAGACUAGGGAGAAACGUAAGAAGUCGUUACCUGUACGUAAGCUGCUGGAGCUGGAGCGGGCCCAGCAGGAAUAUCGUUCCUCAUCGGAGGGCGGAAGGGGCAUGAAGGAACAUUCGGGGUCUGGACGUAUCUCAUGUGAAAAGUGUGGUGACAAGAUAGAAACUUCGUUAUUCGUAGACCAUAUCCGCAACUGUGUAGGCGCUUCUUCCCGUGAUCUGCUCAAGUCAGCGCUGCUCUCCCCUGACAGUGACUACAGCAACAAGCUGGACUCUGCUCCUGAAACAGACAGUGAAGGCAAGAAGACACCAGAGAAAACUCCCCGUGAUAGCCCGAGGGAGAGAGACUUUGAUAAACCAAAGGGUCGUGGUGCGUCAGAAUCUCCAUCUGUCUUAAAUGCACUCGAAAAACUGAUCGAAAAGAGUUUUGAUUCUGGUAAGGCAAAACCCGGGGCCGGACCUCUAGGUUCUAGUAUUCUCCGUCGGCUUGGUAUUGACGAAAGCGCCGAUUAUUCAAAGCCACUGAUGGACCCACAGCUGGUGGGAAUGUAUGCCACGUUCUCCCGACUUCAUGGUGUACCACCACACGGUGCUGGUACACCAUCCACCUUCAAUUUACCACCUUCAUUUGGCUCGAGCGACAGAGGCUCGGGGUUGCGAGGCUUGGGGGAUUCUAUGAUGAGCCCCAGUGCAGAUUCUGACACCCGUGACACAUUCCCACGGUCACCAUCGCGGCCUGGGUCGCGCCCGGCCUCCACGGGUUCGAUAACACGGGACGGUAGCGGUAGCGAGAGGUCUCUAGAGUUGCUGAGACCUGAUAGCCAUCCCGCUGCCGCUACCCCCGAGGAAAUCACACCUACAGAGAAUGGCGCUGAUCAUUCUGAUAACGAACAUGGUAGUCUUUGUGGCAGGGAGGAGGUAAAACAAGAACCUCUGGAAAUAAAUGGAGAGGCUAGUGACCGCGAAUCAUUGUCUGCUAGGGAGGAUCUCAGAGUAAAGGAAGAGAUACGGGUGAAAGAGGAAUUCAAACUGAAAGAGGAAGGAGACGAGGAUGAGAACGACCUCACACAUGAUAUCGGGCGCGAGUCUCCGGCAGGACGGCUGAUGGGAUCCCCGGCGGGCUGCAGUAGCAGGUCUGGCACCCCUCACUCUGAGGCCAGCGUAGGAGGGCGUUCAGGCUCCGGUCUUGGGGCGGCUGGUCUAGGGGGCCUCUCAGCCCUACUUGGAGGCGGUGGCGGCGGUGGUGAAGGUAGCUCUUCACACCCUCUGGCGGCGCUACAGAAGCUGUGUGACAAGACAGAGACUCAACCACGGCCGCCACCAGUGAGCGGGGCGUCUGCCGGACCACAGACCAAUCCAGGAGCAAUCCUAGCAUUUUCUUGGGCGUGUAAUGAUGCAGUGACUGCCGACAGCAUCAUGAAAUGCGCCUUCUGUGACACUCCCUUUAUAAGUAAAGGCGCUUAUCGCCACCAUCUCUCGAAGAUGCACUUUGUAAAAGACGGUGUCGUUCCCGAGAAUGCGGGCGGGAAGGCGAGCAGCGGAAAGCCGCCACCAGCCGCUACCAAGGCGGCCACGCCUCCAGCGCCACCUGUAGAGGAGUCCCCACACUCCAAGUUCCUCAAGUACACGGAGCUGGCCAAGCAGCUGUCCAGCAAGUAGUGGCGGCCACUGCCCUAAGGAUGGCCGCCCUUCCCCACAUCCCCACCCGCGCCCGCCAAAGACCCCCCCGCCCCCGCCCGCCCCGUGUACAGUGUGGCGUGGCUCGUGUGUACAGUGUAACUAUUUAUCCUUCGUGAGAGCUUGGUGGCCCCUGUAGUCUUGUGAUACCUGGCAGCUUGGAGGCGGCGGCGGCCGGGGUCCCUUCAUAUCACCCGCCGCCCGGGAUUGUUAAGUGGGCGCUGCUCCCGCCCCCCGCCCGCAGGAAAGACACGUGCCAACAAUCAAAACAACCCACAGAGUACAAAGUGUGUGUUGUGGGCGGGCUGGGUUGUUGCCACGCCCGUAGUAGCGAGGGAGCCCGCGCCCACAGCCGCCCCUGGACCACCAAGGACCUGCAGGCGGCCGCGGGAGGGCGCGGCGCCCCCUGCCUCCCGGCGCGCCCUCGCCUCACCCUGUGUAUCCUCACACGCCCGCCACGAUGUGAUCGUCCCGGGUCGUCGCAAACUCUUAAUCGCUCACACUUUCUGUCACUUUUUCACAUAGGUAUUAAUAUAUAGACAAUGUAAGAUUAAGCUGACAUGGCAAUGAUCAAAUUGAUUGUUGAUAAUUAUUUGGGAAACAUCAA